ACUGGGUGCUGCAGCCUAGGAGAUGGGAGAUCAGUCUCAAAUCCACCUCCCUGAUGGACUAAAAUUAGGGGUUUACAUAGCAGGGAAGAAAAGUAACAAUGUGUAGGAAAACAGGAACUAGGGAAGGGUAAGGAAACAAUUGUGAUGAAUGAGGGGUCUGGCAUCUCAUUGGCUGAUGCAAUGAUCUGGUGAGUUGCAGUUCUUUGAUACUGUUUUUUGAGAGGUCUGAGGGUCUUUUCCCAGGGAAGGAACUUAGAUAAAACAAAUACAAAUUUCAAGCUUUAGCAUCAGAAGGGUCAAUUCCUAUGUUUAUCCGAAACAAAACAAACAAACAAAAAAUCUGUCUAUGGGACUAUUGGGUCGGUUUCAAUUCAAUAGCACUCCAGGCCUGCAGGUCACUGUCACUGCAGGACAGCCCUAGCCUCCAGCAUGGGCAAUGCCUUCCCAUGCCUGGACCCUGGGCCUGCCUCUGCUUCAAGCAUUCCCUCAUGUAGUGGAGUAUAUCUGUCCUUAAAAGAAAAAUGGGGACAGGAAGGUAAAGUUUUUUGAGAUUUUAUUCUACCCUCACCCUAGACUGAUGGUGGUUGCUUAGAUGUAGAAUUUUAGUUUGAAGCCAUUUCCCCUAGAAUUUGAAGAUGUAUAAUCCUUGUCUUCUGGUGGUCACUGACAAGGAGUCUGACCCACUCUGAUUCCCAGUCUUUCCCCAAGGCUUUGACUGUGUCUUUUUUUUUUUUUUUCUUUCUUUAACUUAUUGGAAGCUGUUGAGAUUUUCUGUGUCCUUGGUGUUCUGAGAUUUCCUGUGACCCCUGAAUUGUCAUUCCUCCCUAGCUCUGGGUGCUUGGUGAACCCUCUCCAUCUACAAACUCACAUCCUUCCAUUCCAGAAGUUGUCUCUUAUGAUGGUUUGCUUCAUUUCUUUUCCCCACUUUUCUCCGUUUAUUCAUUCUUGAAGUCCCUUCCAGAUAUUGGACUAUCUGAACUUAUUGGCUGUUUGUUUAUUAUUUUUUUAUUUUUUUGAGACAGGGUCACUCUGUCACCAGGCUGGAGUGCAGUGAUGCAAUCUCGUCUCACUGCAACUUCUGCCUCCUGAGCUUAAGUGAUCCUCUGGCCUCAGCCUCCUGAGUAGCUGGGAAGAUGGGCAUGCGCCACCACAGCAGGCUAAUUUUUGUAUUUUUAGUAGAGAUGGGGUUUUGCCAUGUUGCCCAGGCUGGUCUUGAACACCUGAGCUCAAGCAAUCUGCCCACCUUGGCCUCCCAAAGUGCUGGAAUUAUGGGCAUUAGCGACCACACCUGGUCAUUUGCUAAUAUUUUAAAAAUCUUGUUUCAUCCUUUUUUCUCGGUUAUUGUUCUAUGUUUGUGAUAUUUCCUGAUGUUAUUUUCUAAUCCUUUUAUUGACUUCUACAUAUCUGCUCUCACAUUUUUAAUUCCUAAGAGCCCUCUUGUCAAAAAUUUUGUCUAUAACCUCUUGUUCUUGUCUCAUGGGUGCAAUAUCUAUCCUUAGCUCUUUAAGGAUGUUAAUUCUAUUGGUUUUUUUGUUUGUUUGUUUUUGCUCUUUGCCUAUUUCUCUCCCCCUCACCAGCUUCCUUUUACUUUAAUCUUUGUGGUUCAUGUUAGAAGCAUUUCUCAAAUGUCUGGUGAUCCUUGGCUAUCCAUUUGUCAUUAAGAGUGGAAAUUCUGUGAGGGUAGGUGAGGCUUAUUGGUUGGUGCACUUCACUUACAGUUCUCUGGCUGGGCUGUUUCACUGGGAAAUCCCCAAAUGUAAAUGGUAGGUGUUUUCUCUCAGGCAGGUUAUUUCUCUUUUUUUUUUUUUUUUUUUUUUUUUUUGAGACAGAAUCUGGCUGUGUCACCCAGGCUGGAGUGCAGUGGUGCGAUCUAGGCUCACUGCAACCUCUGCCUCCCGCGUUCAAGCGAUUCUACUGCCUCAGCCUCUCAAGUAGCUGGAUGACAAUUAUACACCACCACGCUCAGAUAAUUUUUUUGUAUUUUUAGUGGAGACAGGGUUUCACCUUGUUGGCCAGGCCAGUCUCCAACUCCUGACCUCAAGUGAUCUUCUCGCCUUGGUCUUCCAAAGUGCUGGGAUUACAGGCAUGAGCCACCAGGUCCAGACCUAUUCCUGUUCUUUUUUCUUUUUCUUUUCUUUUCUUUUUUUUUUUUUUGAGACAGUGUCUCACUCUGUCACCCAGGCUGGAGUGCAGUGGCGUGAUCUCGGCUCACUGCAAGCUCUGCCUCCCGGGUUCAUGCCAUUCUCCUGCCUCAGCCUCCCAAGUAGCUGGGACUACAAGCGCCUGCCACCACGCCCGACUAAUUUUUUAUAUUUUCAGUAGAGACGAGGCUUCACCAUGUUAGCCAGGAUGGUCUCGAUCUCCUGACCUCGUGAUCCGCCCACCUCAGCCCCCCAAAGUGCUGAGAUUACAGGCAUGAGCCACCGCACCUGGCCUCCUGUUCUUCUUAAGGAAGAUGGUUUUGUCAGUCUUUCACGGCUGCUAUAUAACAAGAGGCCUUCCUAAGUGGAUCAGAAGUCCUGGUAAUGAGGAAAGGUCUUUAAACAUGGAUGUUGGAUGACAAGAAAAGUCACCUUGGAUGUGAGUGACUGAAGGAUGGAUGGCGGCCACAUCACAGAGGCGGUUGGUCGACAACUUCUGCAUUUGCAAAGGGUGCAGCCUCCCUCGCUGUCUCAUGUAUGAGAUUUACGUGGAGACCUGUGGGCAAAACACUGAGAACCAAGUCAACCCAGCCACCUUUGGGAAGCUUGUGAGAUUGGUUUUACUGGACCUUGGCACUUGGAGGCUGGGCACUAGAGGAAGCGCCAGGUAUCAUUAUGAUGGAAUCUGUAUCAAGAAAAGCUCUUUCUUCUAUGCCCAGUAUUGCUACCUGAUAGGUGAAAAAAGGUAUCACAGUGGAGAUGCCAUUGCCUUUGAAAAAUCUACUAAUUAUAACAGCAUUAUCCAACAAGAAGCAACAUGUGAAGAUCAUUCACCAAUGAAGACAGACCCAGUUGGAUCCCCUUUGUCUGAAUUCGGGAGAUGUCCAUUUUUGGAGCAAGAACUGGCAAAGAAAUACUCCUGUAAUAUGAUGGCCUUCCUUGCUGACGAAUACUGCAACUUUUGUCGAGACAUUUUACGAAAUGUGAGGAACCAAGAAUUUGAGAGGGUGGAGGACUUGCUUACUUCCUUCUGGAAGUCUCUGCAGCAAGACACAAUCAUGCUGAUGUCAUUGCCUGAUGUGUGCCAGCUCUUUAAAUGCUACGAUGUCCAGCUGUACAAGGGAAUUGAGGAUGUUCUCCUUCAUGACUUCUUGGAAGAUGUUUCUAUUCAGUACCUGAAAUCUGUGCGGUUAUUUAGUAAGAAAUUUAAGCUGUGGCUUCUUAGUGCUUUGGAAGGUGUCCUGGCCCUCUUGCAGAUCUCCAAACUCAAAGAAGUUACUCUAUUUGUCAAAAGACUAAGAAGAAAGACGUACCUUUCCAACAUGGCUAAGACUAUGCGAAUGGUAUUGAAAAGUAAGAGGCGUGUCAGCGUUUUGAAGUCAGAUCUGCAGGCCAUCAUCAAUCAAGGCACUUUGGCUACUUCUAAGAAAGCCCUGGCAAGUGACCGGAGUGGUGCAGAUGAACUGGAGAACAACCCAGAGAUGAAAUGUUUAAGAAACCUAAUUUCUUUGCUGGGAACAUCAACAGAUCUCAGGGUAUUCCUCAGCUGUCUGUCUUCACAUCUGCAAGCAUUUGUGUUCCAGCCAAGCAGAAGCAAAGAAGAGUUUAUCAAAUUAGCCGCCAGCUUCCAGCUGAGAUGGAAUCUUCUUCUCACUGCUGUGAGCAAAGCCAUGACCCUCUGCCACGGAGAUAGUUUUGGCUCCUGGCAUCUGUUUCACUUGCUGCUUUUAGAAUACGUAAUUCAUAUACUUCAGUCAUGCCUAGAGGAGGAAGAGGAGGAGGAGGACGUGGGGAAUGUCAAGGAAAUGCUACCAGAUGACCCGACUCUCAGCCAGCCAGAUCAGGCACUUUCCCACCCUCUGAAUUCCUCACUGUCGCAGGCGUGUGCCAGCCCCAGCGUGGAGCCACUGGGGGUGAUGCUGACACACAUGGGCCACGGCCGAUAUCCCGUGGGUGUGAGCAACAUGGUCCUCAGGAUCCUGGGCUUCUUGGUGGACACUGCCACGGGCGAUAAGCUCAUCCACGUGCUGUUGGAAGAUGAAACCACCGAAAGCGCAGUUAAACUCAGCCUUCCUAUGGGACAAGAAGCCCUCAUAACCCUAAAAGACGGACAACAAUUUGUGAUUCAGAUAUCAGAUGUACCCCAAAGCUCUGAAGAUAUUUAUUUCAGAGAAAGCAAUGCUAAAGUGUGAGAUUAUUUAUUUGAAUAGAGAAUAAGAAAACUGAUAGACUUGCAUUCUUAAAAAUAUUAAAUCCUAAAGUUUUUCUAUUGAUAAAAGACGAUGUUAUGUAUAUAAUAGAUGUAGCAUUGUCUAUUUUAUGUUUAUAUGUAUUUCAAGGAGGUGGUUUUGAUAAAAUAUAUAAACUGAUUUGGAGAAUAA